AUGUUACAUGUAAGAGAACCCAAUAUUGUAAACAUACUGUCUACUUUCUCGCAUAUAUGUUCAGAGAAAAAGAUGAAGGUAAAGGUAGAAAGACCAGAAGAAAAAGAUUCUUCUUCUGACAGUUUAUCAUUAACUGUGAAUAAUAACAAGCAAAGCAAGAAAAGUAAUAAGUUAUUUGGAUAUGAAUAUGAUCCUGUAACUCUAAAAAAGAUAAAAGGUAUAGGCAGACAUAUGAUUCAGCGGAGUCAUGUAAAUGAAAUCUCCGAGAGCGUGGCUAUUACUUCAGCUUAUGAUUCUAACUCAAAUGAUCCCAACGCCAAUGAAUCUGACUCCGAUGCCAAUAAAUCUGAUUCCGAUGUAUAUUUCAAAUCCAAUGACUCUGACUCUGAUGAUGAGUAUGAUCACGAACUUCAUGAAAGGCUCACGCGUGAAGAAAUGACAAGAAUACGAAGUUAG